UGUCACGUCAGCUCAGUGCUCCGUUUUCCUUACCGCUUAGGGAUUUUGUUCCAAAAAAUGUCUUUUUGACUUUUUUUGCCGAUUUUUAAUGCAGGAUUAUUUCCCUUUUUAAAUAUGGGAGCCUCUCAAAGCACUCGAAAACUAAGUGUUGACAAUGAAAACGCUGUACAACUAUCUCCAGAGGCAUUAAAUCGAAUACAAGCUCAACUUACAGCAAAUCAACAACAAGAGCAAUCAACACCACCUCCUCAACCACCAACACAAUACUCGCCUCCACAAUAUGCUCCUCCCCCUGUAUAUUAUGAUUCACAAAAACGACAAGAUGCUGCUGCAGAGGAAGCAUAUUGGGCUCGCCGGAUUGAAAAUUUGAAAAGAGCACAUGAAAAGAUAAACAGUGGAAUGCAACUUGAAUAUGAGAAAACAUUGAAAGAUGCUAAUAAAUUAUUUGACAUGGUACAAGCAGAUAAAAUUGUAAAUAAGUUACCUCCAUGUCAAGAGGAGAAGGCAAAGGUCCUUGAAUGCUACAGUGCAAAUCCUAACAAAUCACUUCUGUGUUCAGUGAUAGUGAAUCAAUUUAAUGACUGUGUAUGUAAAAGCAGAAUUGCAGCUGUUUCCGCAAGCUCCUAAAUGGAAGACUGUAAAUAUUCAAAACAUUUCAUAAAUCCAUUAAAAAAAUAGGAUCAGUGUUGGGAAUUUCAGAAACAAAGCUAUGAAAAGUAGAUAUAAUAUUAUUUAUGUAUGAAUAAACUGUUAUUAAAUGA